GUCUUGUGUAGCAUGACUGCGUUUUGGACGGGACAAACACGGCCGAGAUGGUACGAGAUCUUGCAGUCUUAUGAGUUCUGUCACCAGACUGUCAAAGUGACGGCUUCGGGUCACUGUUGGAUAGCCGGAACUGAGCUGAACUGUACGGAUAUUGGUAUGAGCACAAACGGAGUGGUUCUGCUGGGUUGUAUCAAGCCAACCAGCCAGAUCUUGGGCAUGCUUUCCAUCUUCUCUUGCAUCUUAGUACAUCUGUUCAACCUCGCACAUGAGGAGAGGUGGGCAAAGCCCGCAGAGCUCAAGCACUACAGACCGUGGAUCUUGUUCUCCAUACUGCUUGCUGCUAUUGCUGGAACUGCAUCUUUAGUGAGUGGUUCGACACUUCUCCUGGACAUCACAGUCCCCUUGCAAAGAGCUGACCUAGUCGAGGUUUUCAUCGGCUCUCUGAUUGCCGUCACCGCUUUGCAAGAAGGUGGCACCUGUAAUCAUGCAUUACGUAUCGGGUGAGCCUCU